AGUUCCAAAAGUCUCAUUCAGGUAAACAAAAUGGCGACAGAAAAGCUGUUUAAGAUUGCCUUCAUCACAGCGAUCGCCGCGUUCAUCACAAUGUUCGUUGGCUUCGCCUCGCCUUACUGGUACAAAUCAUGGACCCGUGUUUUCAGCCCGUUUGGGACAGUUGGAUUAUGGCACGUUUGUCUGAACGGAUUUAUCAAGCCUCGCGAUCCUGUGAUGAAAUCCUACGUAGGAUGCUGGUGGAUCCAUUCCACGGAGUUUUCGGACAUCGAGCACUCUCUCCAGCCAGUUUGGUUUAGGUUUGUGCAGGCAUUUAGCAUUAUUGCCUUAUUUGGUGAUCUAUUAGGAAUGAUUUUCACCCUGCUCUACAUCCCAGAAAGUCCAAGGCAACAUUUGUAUAAACACCGGCCCCGGAUGUUCUUUAUCAACAGUGCCUUACUUCUUGGUUCAGCUUUCUUAGUGUUCUUGAUUGCAUUGGUUUUUGCUGAAAUGAGCAAUGAUUCUACCUGGAUGCCAAGGCCUUGGAUGAAUUACCUCUCCUGGAGUUAUGGUUUGGUUGUUUUGUCUGGCUUCUGCUCAGCUUUAUCAGGGAUGUGUGUCUUCUUAUUAGCAUUGAUAUAUCAGGACAAAGAAGAAAAUGGAGACCCUGGAGUUACUUCUGCUGCUGAGCUAAAUGCUAAACGCAGGGAACUUGAGAAACAAGACGAAGCAAUGAGGGCCCAGCCAUUGGAUACAAUGCCCUCACAGUAUGGUGGAUACAGCAGGCCCCCCUAUGGUCAACAGCAGGAUAGACCUGACUAUGGCAAAGCCCCAUCUGUUGCUGGCUCUCGUACAUAUGGCAUUGCCCCUCCAACAGCACAGAAACCUAGAGUAGGAGAAUCAUUUGUUUGAACCUAUGACUGCAUAAUUUGUUUGUCUGUGUGGGUGACAUGUUCAAGACUAAUACACAUUUAGCUACUCCCGAUUCUCAGCUGUAAAGUUCAAGAUAAUCUUAUCAUUCUUUUUUUGUAAUGGUGAUCCACAAAGUGAUAUGUUUGUUUGGGAAAUGGGUUGAGCUUUUAACUUCCAUUGAAAUGAUUCAAGGGAAACAAAUCUAAAAUCCAAGCUACUAGUUAGGAUGUGAUCUGGCAGUGCAUUGGAUAGGAUCAGGGGAUUUAAUUUUUGUUAGGUCUUGGUAUUUAUUAAACAUAUGCUAAAUAUAACAAAGUAAUUUGACAAAUAUUAGUUACUCAUCAUUAUAUUAGACAAUAUUUUACAUUAUAAAUCUUUUUCUUUUUUUUUCAAUACUUUGUUUACAGCUAAAUAUAAAAAUCUCUAGCUUUUAAUGGGAUAGUCAUUCAUUUAUUUUAAACCAUACCAUCCAUUUUUUGUAUGAAAGUGUCUAAAGUUUAUUAACGUCUAAUUAUACACCUUUUCUAUAGUUUAUGUCUUAAAUGUUGAGAACAUUGUGUAAAUAAUGUUUGUAGUGGAUUGAGAUGAUAAUAUGUAGAUAGCUCUUGUCUGUCUGUUGUGUUGGCUAUCCUGUUAAGAAUAGAAUGGCUGGGAACAAUUUUACUUUGGUUUGUAAAUAACAUUGAUAUCACAGCUAGUUUGUUGAAACUAUGUCUGUUAUUAUCACUUUAAGAUGAUGUUGAAAUGUACAAUAUUUUCAUGUCAGUGUCACAUAACUUCAUUCAAAGAAAAUCUCUUAGUUACUUCAAAUGUAGGCAAUUUUUGUUAUUCUAAAUCUCAUGUAAAUAUUUUGUGUACAUAGUUGUUUUGUUUUUUUUUAUAUAUAAAGCUUAAUUUUAGUUCAAAUACUUGAAAUUAUGUAUAUUUUGGUUGCACUUUAAUACUACUAGAGAGAAAAGGAAAAGAUUAUUUAUAGUUAAAUUCUAGAAAGAAAUAGAAUAUUCAAUAGUCAAACAAGAAAUAUUUUUUUAAAUCUAGGGCCCAAUCUUAUUUUCUUUUGUUCAGCUUAUAAAAAAUUUAAUGUUCAUUAAUAUAAUAGACAAUUAAUUACAAAUUAAUUUGUUUGUUAGCUCUAAUGUGCCCUAUAUAAUGUGUCUGUAUAUACCAAUAUACACAAUUUUCUUGUUAUCUUCUGACUGACUACAUUCCACUCAUUCCAGUUUAUACUACUGUACAGUGAUUUUGUCAAACAAUAAUAAAAUGUAUACUUUGAAUAAAAUUUCUUUAAAAUUUAA